AAAUGAAAAAGAUAGAGAGAAAAAAGUUUCACUAGAGGGACCCAUGACAUGUCUCCUCAAUCGUAGACUCAAUAUGUGAUCUUCAUCUUUUUUUCUCUUCCUUCUCUACCCACUUUUAUUUUACUAUUAUUCACAUUGGAUCAUCCAUUUUUCCCAAAAACAUACAAGAAUUUUCUCAUCAAAACGCAUCUUCAUGUCAAGUAACAUACCAAAAGAUCCAUCAGAAGGGUCCUCCCGAUCUACAACCGUUGAUCAGAGCCACCAUCCUGCACCCUUAAGCCGUUAUGAAUCCCAAAAACGACGAGACUGGAACACUUUUGGGCAGUAUCUAAAGAAUCAAAGACCUCCUGUAUCUCUUUCGCAGUGCAACUUUAGCCAUGUUCUGGAAUUCCUUCGAUACCUUGAUCAAUUUGGAAAAACUAAGGUUCAUUUACAUGGGUGUGUUUUCUUUGGGCAGCCUGAACCUCCUGCUCCUUGCACUUGCCCUCUCAGGCAGGCUUGGGGUAGUCUAGACGCGCUGAUCGGGCGAUUAAGAGCUGCCUAUGAAGAGAACGGCGGCGCUCCUGAGAAAAAUCCAUUUGGAAAUGGAGCAAUUCGGGUUUAUUUAAGAGAAGUGAAGGAGUGUCAAGCUAAGGCUAGGGGAAUCCCAUACAAGAAGAAGAAGAAGAGGAAAAGUCAAAUAAAGGCCGAUGAAGAAGUGAAGGUUCCCAGGCUACAGGCUACUUGAACUUUCUCCAUUCUCGUUUUCACCACGCCAAAUGUCAUAUAUGCAGGAAGGUACAUUGAUAUGAUAAUCAAGAUUAUAGAGGUGGAAGCUCUUCGCUUAGAUCUAGAAUGCAAGUAGAGGCUUCUCUCCAAGUAUAAAUUAUAAGAAGAGACAUUAUAAUCGGGGUAUACGUUUCAGAUAAUAAAAAAAAUAUGUUGUAGCAAAUUAUGUAUUGUUAGUUUAAUUACAUAGACCAAGGACCUUAUUUCAUUAAGGGGUGAAAGUGUAAAUUGCAGUGGUGAUCGAUCUUUUGACAUCUUUAUAUCCCUUUUUUCUUCGUAUAAGUAAAGAACAUAAAUUCA